UUGAAAAAUGAGGAAAAGAAACAAAAAUCGUGUUUAAUUGAAGUUUGUGUGAAAAAAAUUUUUGAACAAAGUUAUCUGAGUGACAAAAGUGAGUGAAAGUUUUCUUUUUGGAAUUGCCUGAUGGGAAUUUUUAAUAUGCCACGCGCAGGAAAUCGUGAAAUUAUGCGUAAAAUCCAUAUUGAAGCUGCGCAAUGAACUUUAGCAAACUGGAAAAGCCGGUGGAUGCCUCGUGGCGUCUAAGUAACAUUAUGCCGAAUAAAAUGAGACGCUUUAUAUACUCGUCAUCAAAUUGUUGUGCACUGACAAUAAAUGCAACUUAAAAUUCAAAAUAACAAAAAAACAAUCCUCCUCUUCCAUUUUUCGAAUCAUUGACAAAAAUUAACUAUAGAAAAAAAAAAAAAAUAUUGUAAUCCUUUUUAAAAGAAAAUUUCCAACCUAACUUUGCAAAUUCCCUUCUCGAAAAAUUUCGCCUCUAUUUCAUCAUCCAUUUCUCUUCUAUUUCUCUUUCUCUCUUUACCAUCCCUCUUUUUCAGUUUCUCUCUUCUCCCCCUUUUUUCUUUUCUCUAUAAAUUCCCCUACCCAAAAAAUUUCUUCACUUCCAUUAUAUACUCCACGUGUCUCCCAAGGAGCAUUUCACAUUCGUCUCACAUACUCGAGACAUUAAAAAUGUUUCGUGCCUUAUGAAGAGAAAAAAAAACGUGCGUCAAUUCAUUUGCGGAGCAAUCAUUUCUUUAUCUAUUUAAUGAAAAGAAAAAAAGAAAAUUUGUGUGAUAAAAAUUAAUACGUGCCUGUGAAAAAAUUGUGUCUGUGAUUUUUUUCCUUUUUUUUUUUUUGUGAAAAUGCCGAAAAAAGUUGCUCCAAUAAAAGAGCCGGAACCACGAAGGGGUUCGGGACAAUGCGAUGAAGGUAUUAAACUUCAAAAAGAAAUUGGACUUUUGGACGGUGUGGCAAUUAUUGUUGGAAUUAUCGUUGGCUCCGGUAUUUUUGUCUCUCCAAAAGGUGUACUCAUUAAUAGUGAGAGUGUCGGUUUGGCGCUCAUUGUAUGGAUUUCUUCAGGUGUAUUGUCCCUUGUUGGGGCCCUAUGUUACGCCGAACUUGGUACAAUGAUCCCAAAAUCAGGUGGCGAUUAUGCAUAUAUUAACGAUGCAUUUGGACCAUUACCUGCAUUUUUAUAUGUUUGGGUGGCUCUAUUUAUUUUGGUACCAACCGGAAAUGCAAUAACGGCCUUAACAUUUGCUCAAUACAUUUUACAACCACUUUGGCCAGGAUGUGAUCCUCCACGAGAUGCAAUUAGACUAUUGGCUGCCGUUGUCACAUGUUUCUUGACAGCGGUGAAUUGUUACAACGUAAAAUGGGCAACACGAGUGCAAAGUAUAUUUACAGGAACAAAAAUAUUUGCCCUGAUUAUUAUAAUGGUCGCUGGAUUUUGGUGGCUCUGCUUGGGGCACACAGAAAAUUUUCGCAGUCCAAUGUCAGAUUCAAAUACAAAUCCAGCAUCAAUUGCUCUCGCUAUGUACAGCGGUCUUUUUUCAUAUUCCGGUUGGAAUUAUCUUAAUUACGUCACCGAAGAGCUAAAGGAUCCAUACAGGAAUUUACCGAGGGCAAUUUGCAUAUCAUUGCCAUUAGUGACAGUAAUUUACGUUUUCGCGAAUGUAGCGUAUUUUGUUGUUUUAACACAGGAGGAAAUCCUCUCAUCGAAUGCUGUUGGUGUUACAUUUGGUGAUAAACUUCUGGGACCAAUGGCAUGGCUAAUGCCAUUUUUUGUAGCUUGCUCAACUUUUGGAGCUUUGAACGGUGCAAUUUUUGCAUCAUCGCGGCUUUUUUUCGUUGGUGCUCGCAAUGGACAUUUACCAACUGCCAUUUCGCUCAUCAAUGUCAAAAAUUUGACACCAAUGCCUUCUCUUAUUUUCAUUUGCAUCAUAACAUUGGCCCUUUUAUUAAUAAAUGACGUUUAUGCAUUAAUCAAUUACGUGAGUUUCGUUGAAUCAUUAUUCAUUGCGAUGUCAGUAAGCGGCCUUUUGUGGUUGAGGUAUAAAAAGCCGGAUCUCCAUCGACCUAUUAAAGUUUCCAUUAUUUUGCCAAUAUUAUUUUUCGUUAUUUGCGUAUUUUUAGUAAUACUUCCAUGUUUCACUAGACCAUGGGAAGUUAGUUGUGGAUUAAUAUUUAUUACCUUAGGAAUUCCUAUUUACAUUAUUUUUAUUUAUUGGGAGAAGAAGCCAAAAUGGAUAAAAAAUGCAUCGCAUAAUUUUAAUUUAUUCUGCGCAAAAUUAUUCAUGUGUGUUCAAGAAGGAAAAAUAGACUGAGGUUUGAAGUAUAAGUUAAAAGAAAAAAAAAAUAGCUCAGUCAAUAUCAGACAUUUUUUCAGUUUUAGCGAUUGUAAAUACUUUCUUCCAAUCCGAUUUCUUUUUUUUUUUUUAGUUAUUCACAAUUUUACAUAGGUAAAUGUUUACAAUUAAUUUAUUUAAUUUAAAAAUACGAAACGGCAAUAGGAGAUUUAUUUUAAUUACUAAGUUUAUUAUUGAACGCGAAAGAAUAAUUUAUUCAAUUUAUUCAAUUCAAUCAAUGUGCCAAUUAAGUCAAAUUUGUACAGAAAUUUUAGAAUUUAAGUCUUCAAUUAUUUUUUAGUGAGGCUAAUAUUAUAGUCAAUCUAUAGAAAUUUUUUAUAAACAAGGUCCUAUACACCACUAAAAAAAUUUUUCGGCCAUAUUUGAAAAUUCAAAUUGUCAAUUGAAUAACCAAGAAAGAUUGUAAGUUUUUAGCUCGAGACUUUUUUUGUAAAUAGUAGACGAUUAUUAAUCAAGAGUACUUUUAUAAAAAUAUUUUCAGAGAUUUGACAAUAUUUACAAAAGUGCUCGAUUUAAAAAAAAUCCUAUAUUUAACAUAAUGAAUUAUUUCUGAAAAAAAACAUUAUAUUGCAUUUAUUAAGAAAUUUGAAUUUUCAGAAAUAAUUCAUCGAGAAUCAUGUGUGCCAGAUAGUGUAUAAGAUUAAAAUCUUUGCAUAAUAAAAACGAAUUCGUAAAUAAAAAUUAUAGAAGAGUGAAAAAAUUGUUAAAUCAGUAUUUUUAGUAUAAUAAUAUAACUUAAAGGGGACAAUAAAUCAAAACCUUUUCGUUCAACAUUUUCAUGUGUAUAUGAAUGGUGCGAAUAUUUUGUAAAAUAGACAUUUAUAUAAUGUAAAUAUUUUUCAAACAAAAUCACCAAAAAUGCAUUCCAAUUGUUAGGUACGACGACAAAAAUUUAAAAACGCACAAAUAUAAUCUAUGGCUAUAAAAAAGA